GUUUGGGACGAAUAGGACUCGACAGUCGCAUGAAUGAACCCUGCCUCCCGGGAAGGGCUUUUUUAAGAGGGGGAGGGCGAGUGCAGCGAAUUGGUAAUUUAGACUGGGAGCACUGAGCUGGUUUGGUUCGUCUGUAGCGAGCAGAGUCGCUUAGCAAGAUUUAUUUUGAGUGCAGUGCAGUUUGAUUGUCCUCUACCCUAACGGCAGACUGUGUGUGGAGGUUUUUAAGUAUAGUCUGAAAGAUGAUUCUGGACAGAGGCAGCGAGAAUGGCAGCGAGCCGGAGAGCUGUAUGAUGUCCAGCCCGAUGAACUUGGGUUACUUUUACCAGAGCUCGCCUGGGGACAGCGAGCCGCGCUCCCCGUUUACACCCACAUCACCACAGUCUGACUCCGACAGUCAGAGCGGAGCUCAAACAGAUAGAGGCUACGGGAGCGCUCAGUCCACAGUCUGCUCUGAUCCAGGAAGAUCCCAGAAGCGACCCUUCCAAGGCGUUCGGGUGAAAAACCCUGUCAAGGAACUCCUUAACCACUUCAGGAACUCCCGCAAAACCAAUAACCUGGAACAGUAUCAGCCCCAGUCGAAUUCAUCAGAGGAACAUUUUUCACAAAUAAGAAGUCUCCUGAGUGGGGUGAAAAGGUCAGCUGUGGAAAAUCUGUCAGAUGCCCCUCCAUACAAACAAUUAGCAGCACAGUUAUCACCUUACCUGCUGACUCCACCCCAGACACCAAACUCUGUUGACAUUUCAGAUGGAGCCCACAAAACUGAAGCAAGUAAUGAUGUAAAUCCAGAUGCUCUUCGGGACAUCAUAAAAAUGUUGCAAAAUGACACCCAGCAGGUCUCCCUGAAUACAGUCCAGGUCAACUGGGCCAGUGUUGCCAAGAAUGAUCAAGUUUUUCAGGCAAACAGUUAUAUGCCGGAGCUGCAGCAAAACCAACCGUCCCCUGGACAAUGCCAACACUUGCGGCAGUUCCAAGUCCGUAGCCCACCUCAAGUCACUGGGCAUCAUGAAGGGUUUCAGUCGUUUCACAGUGUUGACCAUUCUUCAAACUUCCAGCCAGUACUGCCAAGCGAACCACUCCCAGACAUUCAGCAGGUGUCCAAUGAAUUUCCAUCAUUGAUGUUUAACAGUUCAGAGCAUGCUAAUCCUUCUAUUUCUGAGGGUUACCUAGUUCCUCAAGGCCUAGCUAUGGGCAGUCAACCAUCACCUGAAUUUUACCUUCCAGGUUGCCGGUCUCUGCAACCAAACACUCAAGAAGGUAUUUCUCAUCCUGCAUCCAUGUACUAUCCAUCACAAUCUCAAGGCAAGUCUUUCUUUCAAUGGCAAAUUGAACAAGAGGAGAAGAAAUUAUCCCACCUCACUCAAGAGCAACUCCUUUCCAAAGAUGCUGAUGGUGACACGCUACUACACAUUGCUGUAGCUCAGGGCAGACGGGCUCUUGCAUAUGUCCUUGGAAAGAACAUGGCUGCAAUUAACAUGAUGGAUAUUAAAGAACACAAUGGCCAGAGUGCUUUGCAGGUAGCUGUUGCUGCCAACCAGCACCUGAUUGCUGAAGACCUAGUCAGCCUUGGAGCACAAGUGAAUACUUCAGACUGCUGGGGCAGAACACCACUGCACGUGGUUGCAGAAAAAGGUUUUGUCCAAGUGCUUAUGGCCAUUGAAAAGGGCUUGGCACGAAGUUGUCAGCAUCUCAACCUUGAAGUUACCAACUUUGAUGGUAUGACAGCUUUACACUGUGCUGUCCAAGCCCAGAAUCGUGUGCUGCAUGAGCUUCAGAACAAAGCUCAUCAACGUCUAUCUGUCGAAGUGCAGGAACUGUCCAUCAAAAACAAGAACUUAUUAGAAACAAUUAAGACCCUUUUACAGAUGGGUGCAUCUAUUGAAACUCGGGACCGAAAGAGUGGCCGUACAGCUUUGCAUUUGGCUGCCGAGGAAGCAAAUGUUGACAUUCUCCGUUUCUUUCUUGACCAACCAACCAGCCUUAAUGUUGUAAAUGCUAAGGCGUAUAAUGGCAACACCGCUCUUCAUGUCGCAGCUGGCAUGCAAGACCGAGUUAGUCAGGUAGACACUGUCCGGCUUCUGAUGAGAAAGGGAGCUGAUCCGAGUGCCAGAAACCUAGAGAAUGAACAACCAGUGCAUCUGGUGCCCGAUGGUGCAAGAGGAGAAGAGGUUAAACGCAUUUUGAAGGGAAAAGCUGUCCAGUCGAGAAUGCCUGUCUUCUGACUUCUUGUUUUGGGAACUUUUACCUGUGACCCCCACUGUCAGUUAGGCAGUCCUAAUAGAUUUGUAUAGAGAAAUUUGCUAGCUCGUGGCAAAUAUCUGUUGUUUCUUUUAAAGAAACUUUCAUUGUUGACUACUGUGUAGUAUUUAGUAAAAAUAAUAAUAGUAGAAUAAGCCUGUGCCUUCAGCUCCAUGCACAUUAUUCAAUUUGUGCAGUUAAAGGGCAUCAGCUACUUUUUAGAAUGUAUGUAUUUUUUUUUCUUAAAUAUAUAUAGUCCAGAGGAUCACAGCAACAAUGUAGACAUGAUCAAGUACACAUGCCUACAUAUGAAUUUAACAGACAGCUUUGGUAUCUUUAAAUAUCAUUUGAAUCUUAUUUGGAUCAGGAUAUAUAGUUUAGACAUAACAUGUAAAUAGUUAAGCUCUUCUGAGUUUUUUAUCUUUGGAUUUGCUGCUGUGAGAGCGAUGUGAAAGCUUAGAACAAUCUUAUUUCAAUUUUUUUUCUUAUGGUUUAAUGAGAUCCUUGGAUUUAUUGACCACAUCCAUAGUAUUACACACCUUUUUUAAGAUGUUUUGGAAGGAAAUGCUCAGAAGAAACUAUAAAUAUCAUUUCGUUGCAUUCCUUUCAAUGUCUUUUUCAGUGCAGACUCUGAUAUCUGACAUGGGCUUUCUCAUCUACUCUCAGUGAUGUAUGAAUUUCAUCAAAAAAAAGUACCUUUGCAAUGAGUUUGGCAUCCUGCUUGCCAGUUGAAUGUACUUUGCUUUUGCAAGCCCUUUUUCAUGUGAGGGCUUUGCUCAUUCUUAUACCAUACGUAUUCACUAUGGUAUUAGCAUAGCACAUAUUGAAAUUUGGAUGCACCACCUGAAAUCAAGAUGGCUCAAAUAUUCAAAAGUAACAUGAGAGAAAGUUACACACUGUAUUUAAAAAGAAACUAGUAAAUGGUGACAUUGAGAAAUUGGAAGAGGUUAGAUAGUACAAAAUAGUGUAGAGAAGGUUAAAGGCAGUCAGCCACAAUUGAGGGAAUUAUAAUCAAGGAAGAAUUAUUCUACAGAAGAUGAAUAUAAAUGGUUUGGUAUACGUUUGGAAUGAUACAAACUAGUAUAAGUGCCAGUGCCUGAUUCCGAGUUAACUGGAUGUGUAAGUGUUUUUUAAAUAUUAGCUGUUUAUGUCAACAGGUCUAUAAUUGUAGUUCUCACCAGUGAAGGAAACUGUGUUCUCAAUCAUUUCUGUAAAUUGUGCUGGAUUUAAGGAAGACCAUCCUUAGUACGUCACUAUAAUUGGAAAAACAGUUAUUGUAUGCAUGUAAUUGAUUUCUGUAACCGAUUUUAAGCUUAAAACAGUCAUUGUAAUUUUGUUGCACUUGAUAAGUAGUGACUUUUUUUAGUGAAAAUACAUGUCGAAUUGUGAACUAUUUAGCCUUAAAUCCAAGAAAGCAACUAUUUAGAAGGUAGUUUUGAACAAUUAAGGUCUUUAAUAAAGUAUGUCUUGUAGACAGUUUUUCACUCUUUUAUUUGAGGAAAACAUUGCAUUAAAUAUUUGAUGCAUUAUCUGUCUGGUUUCCAGUGUGUUUCUUGGAAUUUCAACAUUAAGUAUCCUGUCUUUGGUUUCUAUAUGUGGGUUUUUGAAUGUAAUAGUUUCACUUCACUCUGGGAGGGGUACACAUGUUGGAGGCUAAGAAUUAUCCUGUUUUCAUAAUAUUUAGUACUUUGUUUUAGCUCUAAAAUGUUAAUAUGUAUGUCCGAUUCAGAAACUAAAACUCAUCAUUAAUGUAGAAAGGUGAGGUAUUUGACCUCAAUUUUUAUUCCCUCUGUCUUGCUGCUAAUCAGUACCUCAACUCCUUGUUUCCUGCUGUCCAUAUCCCCUGAUAUUUUAUACCUAACAAUAAUUUAUCAAUUUUAGUCUUGACAGUUCAAGUUUACUCAGUAUCAACAGUUACUUGGUAGCAGAGAAUUCUAGGUGUUUGCCGUUCCACAUGUGAGAAGGUGUGACCCA